AGGGCAAAAAAAAACAAACAAACAGGGAAUUGUGAAGAUGAUGAAGCUGAGGUCAAAGAGGUUCUGCAGAAGCUCCACUUUCAGGUUUGGAAGCUUCGUCGGCAGCUGCAACAACAAGAUCAAAGUUGCCGAUGACCACCACAAGGACGACGACGACGGCGCCGCCAUGACGGAAAUCAAGUGGGAGCUCCGGCCCGGAGGCAUGCUGGUCCAGAGGAGAGACAUCGCCGCCGGAUCCACCUUGGCCGGACAACAAACUAUCACCAUUAGAGUCUCCACUGUCUCUCAAUGCCAUUACAUUUCUGUCCAACCCACCUCAACUUUUGGAGAAUUGAAGAUGAUGCUAUCAAUGGUGACUGGUUUAGAAGCAAAAGAGCAAAGACUACUAUUCAAAGGGAAAGAGAGAGAUGACUGUGAAUAUUUACACAUGGUUGGAGUAGGAGACAAAGACAAGGUUCUUCUGCUACAAGAUCCAGCUAUUAAAGAAAGGAAGCUUCAUGCCUUGGCAACAGCCCAACCAAUUAGAGUAUAAUAAUCAUAAUCAUAAUCAUAAUAUAAUACUAAUUAAUCCAAAAACUAAAAAAUGUUGUUUUUUUUUAUAUAAUUACCACUAACCCCAGAAAAUGCCAAACUGUCUGUGCUUCAAAGCCUUUGGUUGUUUUAAUUUGUAAGAAUUUUGGUGGUUUAAAUAUAUAUAGUUUGAGCAAAAUUAGUGCAAUGAAUUAUUGUUGUAAUAUGCCGAUGCCAAUCUGAGUCAUUAUGUUUGCUGAUUUUGUAUCCAAACAAAGAUUGAUUCUAAAGAAUGCAUCUUGAAA